UUGAUUUGUUUUCGUUCGGUCACGGUUGUUUUCCAUUGUUUAGCAUAAAAUAAAAUCGAAAAAUUCUGUAAUUCUGUCUGACUGGACUGGUUAUUAAGAUAAGUGGUGUAAUUUUAAUCCUUUGAUUCGUUACAACUUGUUUUUAUUUUCAUAAAAAAUGUAUUGUGGUGUGGAGCACGGUUUGAUUGGUUACAGGCCCCUAAUGAACAUCAUUCCACCAUUAGGCUUUAAUUGCUAUUACAUUUUUUAGUCGUGUUAUGUAAACGAAGUGAAAGUUAUCGUUAAAAUCAAUUACAUUUUUGCAAAAUGUUUAUAAACUGUACUAUUUGUAGUGACUUGUUUACCGGCCAGGACUCAGAAGUUGUUUAUGCUACUUCAUGCGGUCAUUUGUUCCAUCAACAAUGUUUACUUCAGUGGUAUGAAAGGUCACCAACAUGCCCUCAGUGCAGAGAAAAGCAGAGACCAAAAAAUGCCGUGAAAGUUUACUUCAGUGUUCCAAGCAACUUUAACUGCUCCCAGGACGAUGCAUCAGCACUACAGAAUAAAGUCGACAGUCUCAAUUUCCAAAUAAAGUUGAAGGAUACAGAUCUGAAAAAUCAGAAAGAAGAUAAUGACAAACUCAAGUUCCAGACCAAAGGGUUGAGGGAAGAGGUGAAGAAAAUGCGAGAUGAGCUCAAUAUUCACCAACAGCAAACUUAUAGCUACCUGGAGAAGAUCAAGACUUUGAAACGGGAAUGCAAGCAGCUCAACGAGUACAAACUGGAAGCCGAUGAACUAAGGAAACAACUUGAUAAUUACAAAGGACUGGAAGAGCUGUUGCAUGGCUCGGCUACUGACACUGAGGAGAUAUUGAUUAGGACUGCCCUCGACCCAACCACUCUCAGCAUGUGUGUGUCUACUUUCAAAAAGGAACUUGAAGCUUCCAAGCAUCAAAAGCUCGAACUUCGAGAAUUGCUCGUAUCCAGCCAAAAAGAGGCUAACAAGCUAAAAGCCGAAGUGAAGAAACUUAACGAAGACAUAUCAAUUUAUAAGAGAGUUAACCAGAAACUGAAAGAAGACGUGGCAUGCAGUGAGGAGGACAUUGCCAGUUUGAAGCAGAAGAUCAAACAGUUGCAGAGUGCCAUAUCGUCUCCCGGGGAGUCUAACCCUCGAGACAAGGCUCUGCGGCGACUCCUGCAAGAGAAUCCAGCCCCUGCCAACAUCGCUAACUCUCUAGACAACUCGUUUGUGGUGUCACCACCAUCAAAGCCCUCAAAGAUGAGUUACUCACCGCCAUCUCCAGGCAUUGCUAUCCGGAAACGGAAGGAAGCACCGAUGAGUAUCUUCCAGAAACCCAACAGAGCUCUGGACCCAGACUCUAUCAAACUGUCGCAGUCCGGCCAGGGCUCAGAGACGGUGUACAACGGUCUGGGCGGACACUCUAGAAGUGACGACUUUGCGUUUCCAAAGUUUGAUAGGUUUAAAAAGUUGACAAAGAAGAAGAAUCUGUCAGCUGCUGCUGCGUCCACUGCCAAAAAACUCAAACCUGACCCUAAUAAUUUGAAGUUGGAUUCUUUUUUCUCGUAAGUUGACGAUUUGCGAGUAUAAAUAAGUUUGUUGACUGUUUAUUGAAUUGAACAGGAAUAGAUUGUAAAUAGUUGAAAGACUGUAAAUAUUUUAAAGUGUUAUUGUAGUAAUUUAGAUUGAAGUUUUAAAAACGUUUUCACCAUUAAUUUCUUUAACUACCUAUAUAAUUUAUUAUGCUGACAGAACUGAAAAUAAAAUUUGAUCAAUAUUUGUUCACAGCUUUAAAUGUAUUGUUAGUAAAACGUAUGUAAAAUAAUGUACGUGUAAUUAUACUAAAUCAUAUUAUCAUAUUUUAUUAUACAGUAGAACCCAGCCUAACUGGAUUGAACCUACUGUUUGGUAAGAGAAAAAAAACUUGUACCUAUAAAAGUGGCAGAUAAAAUGGUGGCUUUGUGUUAAAUAUAUAAGAACUGAUUAGCUAAUUAUAUAUUGAUUUUUGUUAAGUAGAUAAUGUUUGACAAAAAUAUUUAAGUAGGCCUAGUAGUAAAAUUUAACUUUGAACGUAACAACCAAAGUUCUCAAUACAAUUUUAACCUAUGUAGUCCAACUAAUUGCUUAGUAAGAAUACUAAAUGUGUUUAAUAUGUCUAGGAUCACAGAACAUUUUACAAGGUUGAGACGUCACAAUGAAUUAAAUAAAUACUUGCAAUAACUUUGUUUGGAAAAAUAUAUAUUUUGUUUUGCUGAUGGUU